AUGAAUCCAAUUGUUGAGAUGCGCCUCUAUGAACAAAUGGCAAUGCUCAGUCCUGUGAUGGCUUUCUCCUGGUCCCGCUGGAAUCAUGAAUGCAAUGACCGCGAAAGUGUCAUCCUUUGCGCGGUGGGCCACCUUGACAUGGCUGGUCCUGUCGACGAGGUAAACAGUUUUCAAUUAAACUUUUUUUUCAAUUCUUAA